GUUGAUUGGUGCGGCAGUUGGAUUCCCAGCAUCAUCUCUAGUGCUAUUCCUACCAUAAGGGGCGGUGCGCACUAACAGGUAAUAUCUUGGUCGGUAUUUUGGAUCCGAAAGGGAUCAUGACGGCAGUUGUGAGGUACUGUGAACAGCCCAAGGAGUGAAUCUAUAUGAUGGAUCCUCGGCUCUCUUACUUCAAGCCGUGAGCAAACCCUGGGCCUCUGCGAAAAGAAACACAUCAUACUAAUCACCACGAGUCUUUCACCAUGCUUUUGGCUCUUCUCCUCCUAGUGGCAGGCAGCGAGGCCCAAAACCUCAAUGGCCUGAACCAUCUACGCUUUGGCUGCUCGCAGAUCACCAUCGAACGCCUUGAUCCUUUGGUGAAUCCCGGACAGGUCCCAACUCCUCAUAUGCACCAAGUUGUUGGUGGCAAUUCCUUCAAUGCAUCUAUGGCCACCUCAGAUAUCUCGAAGAUAGCUACCUGCACCACUUGCGGCCCCCCCGAAGAUCUCUCGAACUACUGGACUGCAAACCUGUUCUUCAAAGCGCGGAAUGGCUCAUACAAGAGAGUACCGCAGGUCCCCAACAGAUUCCUGUUCAACGAUCGGUUCACUACACAAACUAGUGGUGGCAUCACCGUAUACUACAUCGCGCCAAAGAAGAGCACAGUCACGGCCUUUAAGCCAGGCUUCCGAAUGCUUGUCGGGGAUCCGGCGAAUCGCCAAAAGAAAUAUAAAUCGCAGAGCUGCUUCCGCUGCUAUUCUGGUCCUAAUUUCGGAGGAGAUAAUGCAGCACCAUGUUCUGACACCAAGCUUGACUUCGAGGGCUUCCCUCCCCAGCCAUGCCUUGGCGGAAUUCGAUCCAACAUCUUAUAUCCAACAUGCUGGGACGGCAAGAACUUAGAUUCCCCUAACCAUAAGGAUCAUGUAGCGUAUCCUACGGCAGGACCCUCUAACUUCUUGUCAACCGGCAAUUGCCCUGCAAGCCAUCCCAUUAAAAUCCCACAGCUCAUGCUGGAGAUUGUAUGGGACACAACCCAGUUCAAUAAUAAAGCAGACUGGCCUGCCGAUGGCUCCCAGCCGUUCUAUCUUAGCACUGGAGACAACACCGGGUAUGGCCAACACGGGGAUUACGUCUUUGGAUGGAAAGAUGAUGCCCUUCAGAAGGCUAUGGAUGCGAAUGGAUGCUUCAGUGCAACCUGUGGUGGUCUCAAGACGCAGGAUAUAAGUGUGGCAAAUAAGUGUCAAAUAAAGAAGACCGUCAAGGAGGAAACAGAGGGAUGGCUAAGUGAGCUUCCUGGUGUUCCCAUGAAGCUGUGAGCAGUAUCUCUAGUGCAGAAAGUCGGUAAAUGUGAUAUGUGUUGAACAAUCUUCCCUUCCAUACCCAGAUAUGAAAUACAUCAUGUUCUCGGAAGCAAAAUCAAUCUUAACUGGAGAA